AUGGAGAUGCGACUUCCCGCCCUCUUUAGUCUUUCGACCAACACUGUUGACAUCGACCGUUCGAGCGAUUCUGAUUCUUCUAGGACCAUGGAUUCAUACGAUAGUGUGCCUCAGAGCCCGGAUGCUGGAGAGGACGAUCCGAUGCCGCUUGCACCACUGAACCCACAAACGAUGCCUCAAAUGGCACCCCAGGUUCCACAGGCCCACUUCCAUACUCAAUCACCACAUCCGCCUCAGACCCCACCUCUGCAGACCCCACCUCCGCAGACCCCACCUCCGCAGACCCCACCUCCGCAGACCCCACCUCCGCAGACUCCACCUCCACGGUCUGAAGAUUUCCAGAUGGACGAUAUCAAUGCUACUCCCAGGGCCCCUCCAGAUAUGACUCCGAGAGCCCCCCCAGGCCCCAGAAAUCAACCGAUAAUGCAGCAACCACCGUCACCCACUAUCCAGAAAGGCAAAAGAAGGAGAGUGCAUGAUCCUGAGCCUGGUCCCUCCCAGUCGAAUGACAAAACUCCUGGAGCCCAGCCCACUUCUCACACCGGAGCGCAGUCAAAUACCCAAUCUAAUAGCCAGGGGCCCGUAGACUAUUUACAAGCUCUGCUCAAUCAUCAAACGAAGACGAUGGGGGAACUGUAUCACCAUUUGCAAAAUUCAACCGCAGAGAUACUUCGGAAACAAGACCAGGUAUUGCAGAAACAAGACCACAAGAUAGACAAGGUAGUAUCCCACCUUGCGCAGAACACAGAGAUACUCGGCCGAAUUGGGGAGACGUUGGAUAUGUUAUCUGCAAAGAGCAAACACAAAGGGUCACCGGGUCAUCAGGACGAGGGAGAUAGUCAGAGACAUGGAUCCGGAAGUAAUCAAGGACCCCAGCCCUCUAACGACCGUGACUCUGCGGCAAAGCCUAGUGACGGUGGAGCUGCGGGAAGCGCCACGAAUCGCAACAACGGCAAUGGCGAUGGCGAGGAUGGGGACGACGAAGGAGAUUCAAAUGACAAUCCCUUCUUCCGUUAUGCUAGGAAAAAGCAGCCUGCUCGCUCAGGAGGGGUCAAGCAUCGACCUGCUGAAGAACUGAAAAUCAAGGAAACGAUGCGGAAAUGGUUGAAUGAAAUAAUGGAAGGCCAGGAUCAGCUCAAGGAGACAGUCUCCCAGGACGAGGCUGAUGAAUUUACUCUGCUGUUCAAAACAAAUCCUCUUGCACGCCCUUGCUCAGUCGACGAUUUUCGAUACUGGAUCGCGGGUGGUCCCAAAUCGGCAUGGAACAAGGGUGCUUCAUAUGUCUUUGUAGAAAUUCUUGAGAAGAGGAAGCUGAUUGCCACACCCGAUGUUCAGACUCGUGAUGGUAUCCGCGAAGCUUUCCUUUUACGACUCAAAACACUUCAUGCAUCUUGGAUGGAAAGACAGAAAAUGCAGGAGGACAACAAAAAUCCUCGCUCUCUGUUUUCCAAAAGGUGGCAGCGGAAAAAUACUCUGUUCCAUCGUCGAAGGGAGGUUAUCAUCACCUUCCACUCGCUUGAGUCCUUCCUCUUGUUCUUCGAUGAGCUAGGUGUCGCAGGAAUGUCCUCUGACGAAGAGGAUCCUGGCAUGAAGAAACCGCAAGUGCAAUACAUCAUCAAGGGGCCGAAAUGGCGAAGCGUCGAACUCAUGAAUUUACUCAGGUUGUUGGACUACUGCCAUCUUGAAGGUCGAUGCACCACUGAAGCAACCAGAUUCGGAUAUACACGAGGGGCUCCUCCCCGAAUCCGCAUCGAUAGAAACGAUCGAAGUUCGAAGACGAAAUACGUCUCUGGUCUACCUGCGAACUUUUAUGAUGCUCAAUGGCUUGAAGAACAGGAACCUGGAUGGGCUAAAGGUGGAAGUGGAUUUGUUAACGAAUUUGUUCGUCCGCGAAAGCCCAUCAAACUUAUUUUUCCUGCAGACCUUUUGAAGACAUUGAAGGACCGAGGAUACCCCAGGGCGCAAGGUCCAGAGUGA